AGGACAGAGGGCUGCGAGCCCAGGGCUGGUGCGCUUCCGAAACCGGCUACCCAGAGGAACCUCGCCCGGCCUGCAGGGUUCAUGGCGGCUAGGCCGGUGUCCCGGAUGCUGCAGCGGGUGCUGAGGUCCAGCGUCCGGAGCUCCAGCUCCGGGGCCCCAGUGACGCAGCACCCCCACGGGGAGCCCUCCCGGACUGCUGCGGAGGGGCUGUCCAGGAGGAGACAGUUCCUGCGGGAGCACGGGGCCCCCUUCUCUGCCUUCCUCACCGACAGCUUCGGCCGGCAGCACAGUUACCUGAGGAUCUCCCUCACCGAGAAGUGCAACCUCAGAUGUCAGUACUGCAUGCCCGAGGAGGGUGUCCCACUGACCCCCAAGGCCGACCUGCUGACCACAGAGGAGAUUCUGACUCUUGCACGGCUCUUUGUGAAGGAAGGCGUAGACAAGAUCCGGCUUACGGGGGGAGAGCCGCUCAUCCGGCCGGACGUGGUGGACAUUGUGGCUCGGCUCCACCAGCUGGAAGGGCUGAGGACCAUUGGCAUCACCACCAACGGCAUCAACCUAGCCCGGCUGCUCCCUCAGCUUCAGAAAGCUGGUCUCAGUGCCAUCAACAUCAGCCUGGAUACGCUGAUGCCAGCCAAAUUUGAGUUCAUUGUUCGCAGGAAAGGCUUCCACAAGGUCAUGGAGGGCAUCCACAAGGCCAUUGAGCUGGGCUAUAGCCCUGUGAAGGUAAACUGUGUGGUGAUGAGAGGUCUGAACGAGGACGAGCUCCUGGACUUCGUGGCCUUGACCGAGGGCCUCCCUCUGGACGUGCGCUUCAUAGAGUACAUGCCCUUUGAUGGUAACAGGUGGAAUUUCAAGAAGCUGGUGAGCUACAAGGAGAUGCUGGACACCCUCCGGCAGCGGUGGCCAGAGCUGGAGAAGCUGCCUGAGGAGGCAUCCAGCACAGCCAAGGCCUUUAAAAUCCCUGGCUUCCAAGGCCAGCUCAGCUUCAUUACGUCCAUGUCUGAGCAUUUCUGCGGCACCUGUAACCGACUGCGAAUCACGGCGGACGGGAACCUCAAGGUACUAAAGAGGAUACUCUGUGGAAUGUCUCAGGAGAAGGUCUGCCUCUUCGGGAACUCGGAGGUGUCUCUACGGGAUCUCCUGCGGGCAGGGGCCUCCGAGGGGGAGCUGCUGAGGAUUGUCGGGGCCGCUGUGGGCAGGAAGAAGCGGCAGCAUGCAGGCAUGUUCAGUAUUGCCCAGAUGAAGAACCGGCCCAUGAUCCUCAUCGAGUUACUUUUGAUGCUGCAAGAUUCCCCACCAGCCAUUCCAAGCAUUUCCUCCCAGGACCCCUUUCGAAUUCAGGGUAUAAGACACAGAGUGAGUUUCUCCAACCAGAUGGCAACUUUGUGGAAAGGAGGCUGGGUCCUCCAGACCCCUGUCCUUGCCCAGUGGCGGCUGGGGUCUGGCUGCCCUCAGAGACACUGCAGUUCCCACCUAGACUCAAAUGCCAACACGAAGUGCCUUAGCGCAGUGUCCCAGGCUCCUGCCACCCCCUCAGGACCCCUGCCACCCUCGGACCACUUAACCCAUGUGGACACGGAAGGACGGGCAGCUAUGGUAGACGUGGGCAGGAAGCCAGACACGGAGCGGGUGGCUGUGGCCUCAGCUGUGGUCCUCCUGGGGCCCGUGGCCUUCAGGCUCGUCCGGGAGAACCAGCUAAAGAAGGGUGACGCCCUGGUGAUAGCCCAGCUGGCCGGAGUCCAGGCGGCCAAGCUGACCAGCCAGCUGAUUCCUCUCUGCCACCACGUGGCCCUGAGCCACGUCCACGUGCAGCUGGAGCUGGACAGCACACGCCAUGCUGUGGGGAUCCAGGCAUCUUGCCGGGCUCGGGGCCCCACCGGGGUGGAGAUGGAAGCCCUGACCGCGGCUGCCGUGGCUGCCCUCACCGUGUACGACAUGUGCAAGGGUGUCAGCAGAGACAUCGUGUUGGGGGAGAUCAAGCUCCUGAGCAAGACUGGCGGUCAGCGGGGGGACUUCCAGCGGACCUAGAGCUCUUGCCCCUAACCCCCGGCCCAGUCAGCCACGUCAAGAUGGGAUGCAGUUCUGGCAAGUUCCUGUAACCCUGUCCCUGUUUACCUCUGCCAGUAGGAGCCUGAGUUCAGCCCUACCCCCCUUUACAGCUACACUAUCUCUAAUGAGCUGCACGGUCUCCUGUCAGCCUUCCUGGACACUCCAGUCGUGGGAGGGGGUCACCAGGAGCAGUGCUGGAGAACCGAAAAAUCCCAUAGUCUGAAAUAAUCCCCAGAGAACACAUGCAGUUUCAAACGGCCUGGUCCAUAACUUCUACUCCUUGUUUUGGGUUUCCUCUUCUGCCUUGGCAGAGAAUAAGGGCUCAUGAAGCAGAGGGAACCCACUUUGAGGAGGGAAGAGCAUGGUUUGCAUUAAGAAUGUUCCACUACUUCUCUAAAGCACUUUUGCCUUCCCGGGUUUGGGGAGCCACCCCCCUACCACCCUUCUGAAAGGGCCAGUCCUCCCCUCCUUUUGCCUGAGUCUGGGUCCCACCAAACUUGCAGGGACUUGGCUUCACCAUUGCACUUGUCCUGCUAGCAGCUCCCUUUCCUGAGCCUUUUCCUUUCUAACGGGACACGCACAGCAGCCCUGAGGACUCCUUCCCCAAGCACACAUCCCACACCUGGCCCUGCGCACUGCUGUCUGACCCACUGCCCACACCCCUUUAUUCCGGAACAUGUCAGGGAAAGAAGAGAGUUGAAGAUUGCCUUCACCCUCACAGCGCACAAAAUAAAGCCACGAUGCCAACUUUGGAGAUGCAAGAAUGAGGACUGUCUGUGCAGAGGGCACUGAGCUGCCAUGAAUUCAUGCCCACGCCCUCACCCCCGGGGAAAGAGGAGCAGGAAGGAUGCUAUAAAAGCCAAAGGGGCACGUUCUCUGUAGCUCCCCCAUCCUCCCUGUGGGAGAAGGUAGGAGUGGAGUGGGAGGCCUAGAAAUGCACCACCUGCUGUGAGUAUCCAGUGGGGGUGUCCCAAGCUCCUCCUGGGUUUUGCUGGCUAUUAGAGAUCAAGGGGGUGCACGCACUUAAUGGUUCCUGGUCUGCACAUCCCCAAACCCUGGACUGAUUGGCGGGUUUGCCCCUGUGGAUAGGCGUCUUCGGGUCUAUCCUCAGUGGCACCCCCCUGGCCUGCCUGCCUCCCUUCUGCCCUACACCCAUGGGUUGGCGAAUGUUUGGCAACCAGCUCUUGGGAAAAGAAAAAGCCAAAUUCCGUGGCCAGUUUCAAGCUACCCAUACAAUGUGAAGAGGCUGGCAAAACUUUUAAAAUGUUGGUACUCUCAGGGUAGACAUGAUCUGGCUCCACCCCCACUAGCUGUGACUGCUCCCGAGCACACCUCAAGUCCCCGCACGGCAAGGAGGCACAGGUUUCAAGGCAGGCUGCAUGGGGAUGGUAUGGAUUUAAUAUUUUUUUAGUAGUACAAUAUAUUCUUAGAAAAAUGGUGCAGGUAAAAAGGACACUGCAGAUUUUGUACAUUAGCAUCACUUGUCAUCUGAGACAGCUUGGUGAAAGCAGCCGUGGCAUGGAGACGUCCCUGGUAGAGGUUGGAGGAACAGUCAUGGCACCCCAGUUGGUAAAAAUGGGAUGGGGGUGGGGAGAGCCUGGACUAGACCCUUCCCUCUUCACCUGGAGCAUUUUUUUUUCCCUCCUUCUGCCCCAAACACACCUGACUUCCCUCACCGGGGAGGAGUGGGUGCUGCUGCUGAGACGGGGACAGGCUGGAUUAACUGAAUUUUACACUGGACACAAAAUUAGACAGCUGGAGAAAUUUACCUGAAGGAAGCAGGAGGGCUGAGAGGGACACUGGGGAAAGACUAAGGAACAAAUAUAAUAGGCGUAAACAUUUAGCAUAUCCAGGACGAACUUCACCAUUUCCACAGGGCACCAGCCCUUUUUGCUGAAGCAACUGUCAUGGCGCAUGGUCCAAGGCCCUGUUGUAGAUCUGGCUAUUCUACUGGCCAGAGCUAGAAAAUAAUAAAUAGAGAAGGAAAAAGUCUUUCAGGGUGAGAACCCUGAGGCCUGGAACAAGGUAUGUGUCCUCUGUAAACAGUUAAACCAAAGUGUGCUUUUCUGUAAAUCCAAAACGUCUUGAACAA